CAUAAUCAAAUUGUCAAUAUCUGCAAGUUUUGUUCUUCAUUUCAGGCAUACAGCACUUCUAAAGAAAACUAAGCGAAAAUGUUGGUACAACAUAUUGUCAAACAAGGACUCUUGUUAAAAAAUGUUGGUGCUAUGUCCCGUGCUGCUUACCAUGGCCAUGGCGUCAAGGUAACCAUGGACGAUAUGCCCGUACCUCAAGGUGACUGGAAGGAACACCACAGCCGCCAAAACGCUAAAUACAAUGCUGUUUUGUUGACUGGUGUUGCUGCUUUGGUCGGCACUCUUGCUUUGAUCAAAUCUACCGGUAUUGUUGAAUUGAACUACAGCCCUCCCAGCUCUUUGGAUUAAGUACUUGUUAAAUGUGCCCUAAGCUAUAAAUUCCCUUUAAAAUUAAGGCUUAAAAAUGGUUUAAAAUAAAGUGAUAGCAAAAUAAAACCAAAACAACCAAAA